GCGAUUUUCGCGGUCACAACACUUAUGAUGGAUUUCAGUCUAUGUCUGGCUGCCAUCGCGAAUGGAGGCCUGAACAAGAACUUGACCGAUUUGUAUUAUUUUUGUUGAUGUAACUUAAGUGUUUUUUAGUGUGGUUUUUUAAGAGAAAUUAAUUAUGUAUUGUCAAGCAACUAGUCUUUUAGUAUUAAUUUUAGUUAAGGCCUCUAUCUGUGAUAAUAUUUUGAGUGUAGAUCAACAUGAUGUUACAUUAAAAUUACACGAAUCCAAGACUGUGUAUAUAAUAGUACCUAAUAACUUCACAACAAUAAAUCAAGGAAGUUUGAAUUUACUCAUUCAGCACUCAGACAUAGCCUCAAUAAAUCUAACUAAUAUUGAAUUGAGUUCCUUAUUUCCGGGCGAAAAUGUUCCAAUCAGUAUUCAAGCGAAUGGGGCUGGAAAAACUGAUGUUUAUUCAAAUUCUACUCAAAAUCUUGCCAAUACAGAAGAUGUAUACUUCAGAGUCACUGUGUAUAAAGCUAAAGGUUUAGGUACUUUAUCCACUAUAAUCGGUUGGAUAUAUUUCGUGGCCUGGUCUGUAUCAUUUUAUCCUCAGGCCUAUAUAAAUUGGAAGAGAAAAAGUGUUAUAGGCCUCAAUUUCGACUUCCUAUCCCUGAACAUUCUAGGAUUCAUUCUCUAUUCAGUAUUCAACUUAGGAUUAUAUUUUAUACCUGAAAUUAGGGCUGAAUAUUCAGCAAGAUAUCCACGUGGCCUUAACCCAGUGCAAGUAAAUGACAUAUUUUUUGCAGUGCACGCUGUAAUUUUGACCGGCUUUACAAUAAUCCAAUGUUUUAUUUACGAUAGAGCAGAUCAAAGGGUUUCCAUCACUGCUAGAGUGAUUUUAAGUGUUUUUGGUAUAUUUAUAAUAAUAUCAGCAUUUAUAGCUUAUUUUAAUGUUAUCCAUUGGUUGGACUUUCUUUAUUAUUGCUCAUAUGUCAAACUAACAAUAACUUUGAUUAAAUAUAUUCCACAGGCCUUUAUGAAUUAUAGAAGGAAAAGUACUUCAGGAUGGAGCAUAGGCAAUAUUUUGCUCGAUUUUACUGGAGGCACUUUAAGCAUGCUGCAAAUGAUCUUGAAUGCUUAUAAUUAUGAUGAUUGGGUUUCAAUCUUCGGCGAUCCAACCAAAUUUGGCCUGGGGCUGUUCUCAGUGGCAUUUGACAUUUUCUUUAUGUUUCAACAUUAUUUAUUUUAUAGACAUAGCAGAUAUGAAGAUAAAUAAUGAUGUUUGUGAUAAUAUACAAAAGCAAUAUUUUGGAGACAAAAAAAUUAAAUAAAUGAUUAGAUGACCAAUUUGCUUUUAUUACAGAUACCUAUGAUAAACAACAAAUUACAUACUAUUGUCCAUUCUCACUUAAUUUGUAAUUUAUUCUAUUUCUCUGUAGUUUUUCAGAUUGUAAUGUAGAUAUUUUAUUUAUUGACAUGUAUUAUCUUAGUUUACACACUCUCUUACACACACUAAAUACUUUUAAUGAAAGUUGCUUACUUGGUCAAAUAAACACAUAACAUAGGCCUUAAAAUUAAUAUCUUCCGCUUCUGUUUGGUCUACGUGAAGGCGAUCUGCUGCCUCUGCCCCUAGAGCGAGACCGCGCCGCCCUUUUAGGAGACCUAGAGCGAGAACGACGCGGAGGGGCUCCGCCCCCAAUGCUUGUGCCAGCUCUGCCUCCCUU